AUGGGCCCCGAAGCGUCUCAUCCACCGCUAUACCAAAACCCUCAAGACCACCCUUCAUCAUCAACAACCAUCCCACCACCGGCCUACAUCACCAUCGACGUAUCCGACAGCGUAGUUUACGAGCUCGACGAGUUCUCACCUAGAUACGACAACAAAGAUGACGACGUCGAAAAAAACAACAACAAUGACCAAACCAACAAGGAUCCAGCCAGCUUCACCAACCCAGCCACGUCCACCACCCCCAUCCAGAAACCCAGACGUCUCCGCCGGCUCACAGCAGCCCAACCCGGACUCUCCUUCAAGCCCAUCACCACCACCACCGCCGCCUUCAAACGCAUACGCAAGCCUAAGCCAGCCACCUACAACCCAUUUACAGGGACCCUAAACCGCAAACGAAUAUGCCCCUUGCUCCGGAACCAGGAUCAUCAUAGGGUUUCUCGUGCUCGUCGUCAACGGCUUCUUCCUCAGCAUGAUCAUCGGCCUAGUCAUUUCCCAUGA